AUGGACUUCAGCGGUGAAAUCGACGACUUCUCCCUGCAGCUCAUCCGCGAGCAGCUUCUCGGCGGCGAGGCUUGCCUCCCCGCCGUCUUCGUCCCUAACGCCUCGGUGUACUCUGGCUUGUCAGUUCAUCAUCCCACGCAGACGGCGUUCCACCAGCCCGCCGCGGCGUUCUUGCCGCAGCAGCAACAGCAGCAGGUUGCGUACGUCGACUUGACGAACGAGUACGCCGCGGAUGCCACUGCCGCCUCGGCCGGCGAGGCGGCAGCCUUCCGGGCGGAGCCGGUGAUGAUCCGGUUCGGCGGCGAGCCUUCGCCGGUGUCGGACCCCAGCCGGAGGCCGCUGCUCACGAUCUCCCUGCCUCCGACCUCGCACGCCUGGGGCCCGGCGGCGGCCGUGCCGCUGGUGGAGGCACAGGCACAGGCCGCGGCAGCGGCAGCGGCCCUGGACGUGAACGACUUCCGCAAGUACCGCGGCGUGCGGCAGCGGCCGUGGGGCAAGUUCGCGGCGGAGAUCCGCGACCCCAAGAAGCGCGGGUCCCGCGUGUGGCUCGGCACCUACGACACCGCCAUCGAGGCCGCGCGCGCCUACGACCGCGCCGCGUUCCGCAUGCGAGGCGCCAAGGCCAUCCUCAACUUCCCCAACGAGGUGGGCUCCCGCGGCGCGGACUUCCUCGCGCCGCCGCCGCCGCCCCCACAGACCGCGGCGACGACGACGUCCCAGAACAAACGGAAGCUGCCUCACGACGCCGCCGAGGCCGGGGCCGAGCCAGCAGCCAACAAGUCCGUCAAGGCCGAGGCGUUCGGAUCGGCGGCGUCGUCGCUGACGUCGCUGUCCCCCGCGACAACGACGACCACCACGGCCUCGACGGUGACGACGUGCUCCCCGUCGUCGGAGGCUGGAGCCCACCACGAGGUAUUUCCCAUGACGCCGUCGAGCUGGACGUGGGAGCAGCUGGAGGGCGUGUUCGGAAGCCUGCCGCCGCUGUCGCCACACCCGCAGCUCGGCUUCCCGGGGGUCACCGUUAAUUAA